AUGGAACAACAGCUACAAAUUAUUCGAUCGAUUGAAGACGUGUUUUUCUACUUUACAGAUGACGUUGCAGGUUUCCUGGGUCCGGCAUAGGGACGUUCAUCUGCUCACCAUCGGCCGUUACACGUACACGAACGAUCAGCGAUUCAGGCCGAUCCACAACGCGCAGACGGACGAUUGGACGCUGGAGAUCAAGUAUCCGCAACUUCGGGAUAGCGGUUAUUACGAGUGUCAGGUCUCGACGACGCCGCACAUGAGCCAUAUUGUAUACCUGGACGUGAUCGGUGAGAGCUUUUUUUUGCACGUUGCACGCAUUCGAAUACACAUUUUCGGUAUGAAAAUCGAGGGAAACUGAUUCGGUUUGGCAUAUUUCAUUUCUGUCAUUUUCACUCGCGAUGGAAUAUCAAUACAUUGUAGUUCAGUUUAGUCUUUGCCCUUGCGCAUUAAUGUUUUAUAUACCGAUAUGAAUGAAUGUAAACUACAAAGUAAUAGAAUAUUGAUUAAAUGUAUUAUAGUUCGUAGCAAGCCUUGUUUUCAUAUGUCAAUCUGUUGUAAAGAACGGAAAUAACGAUUUGGAGCAUAAUCGAUAA